AUGGAUUUGCGAUGUUUACGUGAAAGAAAAUUGCCACCCGGUUAUUUCUUGAAGCUUCGUCAUGGUCAACUAAUAUCAAGCCAUAAUGAUAAUAAUCAAUCAGAUCCGUUUACCACCACAUCAAGUACACGAUUGCAAGAUCGUCUACGGAUACGUUUACGUCGUUCAUUACAGCAAUUUCUAGCAACACGUUUAAAACCAGGACGUCGACGAGCUAAAGAACAUAACCAUCGUAUUCAUUUAACACUCAAUGAAUACAAUUAUUUAAAAAAUAUUGGUAUUAAAUCUCAAUUUACACCACAAACAUCAUUUUUUGCCAGUUUGAAUUGUAUUGUUAAUUUAGUUUAUGGCGAAUAUAAAGACAAAGUAUGCUAUGUUUCAGAUUUUCACUGUAAAGUUCGUAAAAGUAAUUCUGUUACAGUAGAGACCGAAAACGGUGAUAAAUCAAAGAUUGAUGGAGACUAUUUUUUGUACAUGAAAAUACUUCGUGCAGAAAGAGAUCGUUGUAUAGAUUAA